AUGAGCACGGUCGGCAGAGGCAAAGGAUCGCAGUCGAUGCGCUCCGCGGCGACCGUGCGCCGCCUGAUGAUGUACAAGCAAAAGGCGACGAGGGACAAGAAGGGCAAGCUCAUCAAGCAGGACCUGCAGAGCAAGGAGCUCCCGAGCACGCGAAUCGUCCCGGACCGACGAUGGUUCGGAAACACGCGCGUCAUCGGGCAGAAGCAGCUCACGGAGUUCCGCGAGGAGAUGGCUGAGAAGUCGAAAGACGGGUACACGGUCCUCAUCAAGCAGAAGAAACUGCCGCUGUCCCUGCUCGCGGACCCGGAGAAAGGCCGAGCGCGUCGAGUGAACUUGCUCGGGAACUCCCCGUUCUCGGAGACGUUCAGCGCGGGUCGUCGACAGAAGCGACCGAAGCUCGCGACGGACGACCUCGCGGCGCUCACCGCGCGAGCGGCCGCGGAAGGGGAGGCGUACAAAGAAGGGGUGGACGCCGGGGCGAUCCUCGAUAGGGACUUGGUGCGCGCGGACGACGGCGUCUUAAACGCCGCGAAGGGUAGCCUGUUCGAGAAGGGGCAGUCGAAACGGAUUUGGGGUGAGCUGUACAAGGUCGUGGACUCCUCGGACGUCAUCGUCCAGGUCUUGGACGCGCGCGACCCGAUGGGGACGCGGUGUCAUCAUCUCGAAGCGCACCUGAACAAGGACGCGAUGAAACGUCACAAGCACGUCAUCUUGCUGUUGAACAAAGUCGACUUAGUCCCCGCGUGGGUCACGAAACGGUGGCUGCACACGCUGAGUCGCGAGUACCCUACGCUCGCGUUUCACGCGUCGGUGACGAACCCGUUUGGCAAGGGCGCGGUGCUGUCGCUCUUGAGGCAGUUCUCGCGCCUUCGGAUGGAUAAGCAGAACAUCUCCGUCGGGUUCAUCGGGUACCCGAACGUCGGAAAAUCGUCGGUGAUCAACGCGCUCAGGACGAAGAAAGUCUGCGUCACCGCGCCGAUACCCGGGGAGACGAAGGUGUGGCAGUAUGUCAACCUCACGAAGCGAAUCUUUCUCAUCGACUGCCCCGGGGUCGUCUAUCACGACACCGAGGACACGGACACGGACGCGGUGCUCAAGGGCGUAGUGCGGAUAUCGCAACUCGAGGACGCGUGGGAGCACAUCCCGGACGUCGUCGCGCGCGUCAAGCCGGACUAUCUCAAGCGCGCGUACAAGGUGCAGUCCUGGGAGUCCCCCGAGGAUUUCCUCCAGCAGGUCGCGAGGCUCACGGGAAGACUCCUGAAAGGAGGCGAGCCGGACCUGAACACCGCGGCGAAGAUGGUCCUGUACGACUGGCAGCGAGGCAGGAUCCCGUUCUUCGCGCCGCCGCCG